AUGGCUGGAAAACUUAUUCGAGGGCUAGUUAGAGCACAUAAGGAGAAAAAGAGAAACAGCCUCAAAAAAGGCGGCUCAAAUUCAAGCCUCAAGAAAGUUUUAAAGACUCCAAAGCGAAAGGCACCAGAGCACAGAGAUGAAAGUCGAAAGUCCAAAGUUGUUGACGCCAGUGAAUUGAACUGGAAAACAGUAGAUAUUCCUGAUACAAUGGAUGACUACGGCGGCUUUUAUGGGCUCGAGGAGAUCGACGGCGUUGAUGUCAAGAUUGUUGACGGAAAUGUUCGAUUCAUCGCAACAGAUCAAACUAAAUCAGUCAAACCUAAGCCCAAAAGCGCGAUACAGAAAGAUGACGUUCUAGAAGACGAAGACGAAAAAAUGGACGAUGUUAUAGAGUUCAAGAACAUGGACGAUAUGGAGGAGGGCGAAUUGAGCACCGCGUCUUCUGGCGACGCAGAGGAGUCUGAUGAAGAGUCCAACAACAAAGUAUCUGGCGAGGAAGAAGAAUCCGAGGAAGAGCUUGAUGACAAAGAGUCUGUUGAAGCAGAAGUGAGGGAGGAUUCAGACGUUUCACCGCCAAGAGAACAAGAGGGGGAAAAAGGAAGCGAGCUUCAGGCCGAGGAUGUAUCACAAUCUGUUGAGGGAGAUGAGCUAGAAAGUAACGUUUUCGGCGGCGACUUUGAUAUCGACAACAUCGAGCCCGGUCUAUUACCAGAGUGGACUGACAAGAUGAACCUCUCGUUGACUACUCUUCAAGGCCUUGCGGAACAGUACUUUAUGCGGCCAACUGAGAUUCAAGCAAAAGCUAUUCCUGUUGCUUUGAGUGGUAAUGAUAUCAUGGGGAAAGCAUCUACCGGCUCUGGUAAGACGCUGGCGUAUGGUAUACCGAUCUUAGAGAAGCUCGUUGCAGAUAAGUCUAACAACAAGACAAUUGGUCUUAUUUUUACACCUACCAGAGAACUUGCGCAACAGGUUACUCAACACAUCCAAAAAUUAGCGUUUUCCAUAAACAAAAAAAACCCGUAUGCCAUUGUAUCUCUUACUGGCGGUUUGUCGAUUCAGAAACAAGAGCGUUUACUUAAAUACGACGGCUGUGCCAGGGUUGUAAUCGCCACGCCUGGAAGAUUUAUGGAACUUCUCGAAAGAGAUGCCAAGCUGAUUGAUCGCUUUUCAAAAAUUGACUACUUGGUUCUUGAUGAGGCGGACAGGUUGUUACAAGAUGGACACUUUGAUGAGUUCGAGAAAAUUUUGAAACAUUUGAGCAUGGCAAGAAACAUGAAGAAGAAGGUAAAAAGCGAGUACGCUGGAACCGGAUGGCAAACAAUGAUUUUUUCUGCAACGUUUUCUAUGGAUUUAUUCAACAAACUAAGUUCUACAACUUGGAAGAAGAUAGGAUCCAAAAAGGACAGCGAUGAGAUGGAAAUAGCUUUAAAGCAUCUCAUGUCGAAAAUUAACUUCAGAUCCAAGCCAGUCAUAAUCGAUGUAAAUCCAGACGACAAGAUACAUUCAAAAAUCUCAGAAUCCAUGUUAGAGUGUUUACCCACAGAAAGGGAUCUUUUCACUUACUACUUUUUGACUGUUUACCCAGGCUCCACGCUCAUUUUUUGCAAUGCUAUUGAUUCUGUUAAGAAAUUGAAUGCAUACCUCAACUUUUUAGGGAUAUCGUCCUUCCAAAUUCAUUCUUCUAUGACUCAAAAGAAUCGUUUAAAAAAUCUGGAGAAAUAUCAACAGCAAGCUGCCAAAAAUAAAACCACGGGCGGAUCAACGGUGUUGAUAGCAAGUGAUGUUGCUGCUAGAGGUCUUGAUGUUCCUGAUAUUAAGCAUGUUCUGAACUAUCAUUUGCCGAGAAGCGCCGAUGUUUACAUCCACAGAUCAGGAAGAACUGCUCGUGGUGACAAUGAGGGUGUUUCUGUAAUGAUAUGUUCUCCACAAGAAGCAAUGGGACCUCUAAGAAAAUUAAGAAAGGUACUGGCUUCAAAAUCAUCAGUGAAACAUGGCAAAAAAUGGCAAAAGGAUGUCCCGGUUUUCCCUAUCGAACCCGGCAUCCUAUCGCAAUUGCGCGAGAGAGGCGCGAUCGCCCACCAGCUCGCAGAAGACCAGCUGGCUACGAGAUCUCUCAACAAAGAUGAAAAUUGGCUGAAAAAGGCAGCAGGUGAUCUUGGAAUUGAGUUGGACUCUGACGACGAAUCCAAGGACAUCAUUCUUGCAAAAAAUAAGUUCAAGAAGCAGAACAAACAGCUGAGAAAAGGAGAAACCAAAAAUCUACAAUUUGAGCUAAGAGAACUCUUGAAGAAGCCAAUCAGAAAAGACUUAAGAACUAGUUAUCUAACGGGAGGUUUCACAAAUCUUGCCGAUGACCUGAUAAAGAAUAAGGGGCAUGCUAGUAUUAUUGGCCAUGACAAAAUCGGAGCAUUAGAGUUAUUAAAAAACAAGAAAAAAACCGCAAAUAGUUUUUCAUACUAUAUAUAUAUAAUUAUUUAG